GUCUCGCGAUGGCGGCGGGCUGCGCGUACAGCACAGGUGUCCGCGCAGUGCCGCGCGCGGAGGGCGGGCCCGCGGGGGCGGCUGUGUUCUGCGCGCCGCCAGCGGCCUUCCACAGGUGCGCGAAACAACGCUGCAUACGGAGCUUAGCAAAACCAGGUGCAGCUCGUCCGCAGCCGAGCGUCUGAGGGUGCCGUCACCCGAGCGCGGCUCUACUGAGUCCAACCGGCAGCGGUGCUCGGGGCGAGCAGUCCUGCAGGAAGCAGAGGGCGCCGAGCUGCGUCCCGCCGCAGUGCCCGCUGCUCCACGCGGCCCCCGGCACGGCUGCUGAGCUGGGGAGCAAAGCAGGCUGUGCUGCGCUCAGCCUCCAGGUGGCUAUCGCUCGCUGCGAUUUGCUGCCUUUGACGCUGCUCCUACAAGCAUCCGUGUGUGCUGAAAUCCUGUUACCCAAAGGCUGCGAUGUUUACACUCGACUUACGUAAAGCACCCGUGGAACUCGACUGUAAACACUAACGCCGUGGCCGUGCUGAAAGAAGGAAAGUCGACAGACACACACAGGGAAAACGACCGACGUGCGCACACCGUGAGAAAGCCUUCACUGCGCACAGACGGAACAGCGCCCUCAAACGCAGCCCACCUUCACGUCCCACGGAGCCGCCGGGCGUGCGCUGCAGCUCCGCGCCGCUGACGGAGCACAGCUGGAAGGCAGCCCGAGCUCCUACUCACUCUGCAGCUCCUUCGUACUCCUUCAGCAGUAUAAAGGAGCUGUGAAGCGAUAGCAGGACUUGGGCAGCGUAAAAUGGGCCUGCUGCAUUUCUUUCACGUUCCAAACCCUGUCUGUAACGCCAGCACAACACAUUUGCCAGCAGGCCCCUCCUGACUUCGUACCGACUACGCGCGCACCACAGCUAAAACCUCCUCGGCGUUCCCCAGCUUUGCAAUGGAGCAGGACCCAGAGUGCACAGCAGAAAGGGAGCUGUUGGAAGCUGCAAGCACGAUUGCUACAUUUUCUAUCACAGCUCCUCCAGAUGAAGAACAAAGUCAACCCAAAGCUGAAAUUUCUUGUGAACUGAGCAAAGAAAACCCAGGAAGAGACGACCUCCGAGAUUCCAAAGCAUCCCUAAGUCCCAACUCUUCAAUGACCACUAAGGAGCUUCAGGAAUACUGGAGGAAUGAAAAAAGCCAGUGCAGACAGGUCAAACUCCUUUUUGAAAUUCCAUCAACCAGAAUUGUAGAGCACCACUUAUCUAAAUAUGUGAUGUAUAAAAUCAUAAUUUUGCAAACGGGAAGCUUUGACAGCAACAAGUCUGUAAUUGAACGGCGUUAUUCUGAUUUUGAGAAACUGCACAGAAAUCUUCUGGAGGACUUCAGUGAGGAAAUGGAAGAUGUGACCUUUCCAAAAAAAGCCCUAACAGGGAACUUCACAGACGAAAUAAUCAGUGAGAGAAAAUUGGCCUUUAAGGACUACCUGAGGCUUCUGUAUUCGAUGAAAUUUAUCAGGAGAUCAAAAAAAUUUAUUGACUUUUUAACAAAGCCUGAGCUUCAGGAAGCAUAUGGCUGCCUGCGGGGUGGUCAGUACAACAAGGCCUUGGAAAUCCUGCUGGAAGUCAUCCGUCUGCAGGAAAGGCUGACCAGAGGCAACCCUGUUGCAAUUGUCCCUACCCUCUGCGCUAUUGUGGUGUGCCACAAGGACCUGGGAAAUGCAGCAAGUGCCUUUGAAUACGGGGAAAAGGCUCUGUCAUACCUUUGCAUGCGUAACAGUCACAAGUACUACAUCCCGUUGUUAGAAGCAAUGAUCACUUUGGCAUAUGAGCUUGGCAAGGACUUUUUGUCUUUGCAAGAGAAACUGGAAGAAUGGAAGGCAAAAAAAGAUCCCGUACGUGUUUUUUCCCUGAAAGAGCUUGCAGUUCGGGAAUAUGUAAAAUGAAUACAAGAAGCAACUUUGUUAAAGUGCAAAGCUGCCUGCUUCUUUUCCUGAACACAUUAUCUUGUGUAAUAAUGUAAAGAGUAAAGAGCAAUAAUUGGAAAUUACCUGUUAAGAUAACAUAACUUCAAUAGGUGGGAAAAAAAAAAAUCAAAUAUUUCUCAACAUGCUGGGAAAUUUUAUAUUUACUCUAGACCUAAGAUUAUUAAGGCUUUUGGAAAUAAAUUUGUAACAAGAA